AUGGCUUUCAAAUUCAUUGUUGCUCUUGCAUUCGUUGCUGUUGCUAGUGCUGGACUUAUUCCAUCUCACCAAGGAUACCACGCUGCUGGCCACCCAGUGUUGAUCAAAUCUGAGGAUACUUAUGAUCCUCAUCCACAAUACCAGUUCUCUUAUGGCGUCAACGAUGUUCACACCGGAGAUGUCAAGAACCAAAUCGAGACCCGUGAUGGAGAUGUUGUCAAAGGUGAAUACUCCCUCAUUGAUGCCGAUGGUUACAAGAGGACUGUUCACUACUCCGCUGAUGACGUACAUGGAUUCAACGCAGUUGUCCACCGUGAACCUCUCGGACACGUUGUCAAGGCCGUUCAUACUGCUCCAGUUGCUUAUGCUGCUGCUCCAGCUAUCGUGAAUUCAGCUCACGUUGGUUAUGAUGCUCCAACAGCAUACACCCAGACCUAUGCUGCUGCUCCAGUUGCUUACUCACAAGCUCCAGUCGCAUACUCUCAUGCCCCAGCUGCUUACACCACCCAAACUUUAGUGAAAUCAAGCCCAGUUUCAUAUGCUGCUCCAGCUUACGCUUAUCAUCACUAAUAAGAAGAGUUAAAUAAU